AUGCCACCUAAAAAGAAGUUGAAGGGUAGCGCAGCCCCACCCCGAGCACCCCGGCGUCCCCGAGCCUCCCAGGCGAUUCGCCCGCACUUCAACACCCAUACCACGACCAAUGGCAGCCAGUUCACUGUCCACUAUUACCUCCCGGCGGACCCCGCAGUGCCCAUUGUACGAGCGGACCCGGAGCGCACGUACAAUAUUGUCGGAGACGGCGAGACGAGCAGGACAACCAUCUUCGUUACCCUUCGUGUCCCUCCCGACAAAUAUCGGCAUCUCCAUCGCAGUUGGUCGAGGCCCAUUGAGACCGCACUCCCUCUCACACCGGCGACCUCAUUCCUGACUCUUACCUACCGCAAACCAACUGCAGCUAGAGAGCCCCCACAGAUCAACGACGCAGCUAAGGGAACGACCAACGCAGACCUCGACGAUUCGGCCAUCGACGUAGGGACACCAGUCGCAGGCUUCCUUGACUCCCCUGGACGAUCUGCGGAACCCGGUACAGGUGUGGUGGUACCACCCGAACCGGGAGGUCAUUUCCAGCCAAGCGUUGGUACUUCUUCUAUCGAGUCACCUGCAGCUUCUGCACAACAGCGCAACGCUGUUUCUGAUUCACUUCGGCCCCUUACUCUUCGUGAUCAGUCCGGUGUUACUGCAAAGUCUCCAUUUGGACGAAGCACGCCGACCGCCGCGAUUAAUCCUCUACAGGCUCGUGCUGCUGAAGCGCGUAAGCACAGCGCCGUUGACUCGUCAGAAGGCUCUGGCCAUAGCUCAACAUCACCGGUCGGCCUGAGGCCAUCGGGGCGCGUUGGUCAGUGGAGUGGUCUCCAGUUUCAGCAGCAGACUCAGCCGCUCGGCAGAAAGGUACCAACAAAUCCAGUACUUUUCGAACGUCAGUCGGCCCUUGUAGCGAAACCCGCUCAUUCGCCUUUGAUACAGGCUCAAGGCUUAACUAAUGUCGACGCGGACCACCAGGUGACUACUUUAGAUCUGCUGGAUUCUUUGCCCUCUCGAACUAGUCAUCACGACACAGGAACUCAUAUUGCUAGUGGCAGUGAAGAAGCCGACGUAGGCAAAACCAACGUUCCAGACGGACGUGCUGGUGAAGCAAACCAGAGAGGUUGUCCUUUAUUAGCUUCUGAGCAUCCGCCACGCCCACGACCCCUGUCAGCAUUCACGCCAGUGUCCGGACUCCCACGAAGACUUGUCGUCAAGCUGAAGCUUCCCAUUGGUUACACAUUAAACGAGAAUAUGGCACCAACACGAGAUCCGAGCGAUGUGUCGGGCGUUAUCAAGGACAUUGUUGACGACUUGUACGAUGUGCAAAGCAAAACUCACGGUUUUAUCCCCGAAACCCAGAACCUCCUGAUUGACAAGAUCGGAGACAUGGCUGAGAAGCUCGCGACACUUAAGGAUCUCACAGACCCUCAGAUAAAUCCCAACAAUCCCAUUCACGAUGUCCGAAUCGCGCCGGAAAUCGUCGACUACGUGGAUGAUGGACGAAACCCGGAUAUCUUCACACGUGAAUUUGUUGAGAACGUCCAGAGAGGCAAUUCGGUCAUCAAUGGAAAGAAGCAGGCGUUCCGAGACUUCAGCGUCAUAUUCGCGAAGGCGUUGAAGCAGGGUAUUGGUGGCGUUGACAAGCAUGUCGACCAGAUCAUGGAAAACGCCGGGCUGGAGCAGGAGUUAGAUGAGGCCAUGAAAAAGGACAAAUCCAAGGGGACGGAGAACGGUGCAGAGUGA